GCGCAUAAAUAUUGUUCCAGAGUGUUCCACGUUUAGGGCCAUCUUUGGUCGUCCUCGCCGGUGAUAGUGUGGACUAUAUAUUCCACUGGUCAUUUAUGCCCAAUGGUUAAUAAAUACGAUUUAAUCUGAAACGAGACGCGUGUCACACUCGAGCAAAGAAAGGGAGCCAAUCUCGAGUUUACUGGCUCACUGGCGUUCUUUCCUUCAAUACCCUUCAAUUUCACAAGGCGAAGAGAAGGCGAGACAGGAGAGGCGGUGAUACAACAUGGAUGAGGAAUAUGAUGUGAUCGUUUUGGGCACCGGACUCACAGAAUGUAUUCUGUCUGGGAUCAUGUCUGUGAAUGGGAAAAAAGUGCUGCACAUGGACAGGAAUCCCUACUAUGGCGGAGAGAGCUCUUCCAUCACCCCCCUGGAGGAGCUGUACAAGCGCUUCAAUCUGCCAGAUAGCCCACCCGAGUCGAUGGGCAGAGGAAGAGACUGGAACGUUGACCUCAUCCCCAAGUUUCUCAUGGCCAAUGGCCAGCUUGUGAAGAUGCUGCUAUACACAGAGGUGACACGGUACCUGGACUUCAAAGUAGUGGAGGGUAGCUUCGUCUACAAAGGAGGGAAGAUCUACAAGGUGCCAUCAACUGAGACCGAGGCACUAGCUUCAAAUCUGAUGGGAAUGUUCGAAAAGCGAAGGUUCCGAAAGUUCUUAGUGUUUGUGGCCAACUUCGAUGAGAAUGACCCCAAAACCUUUGAGGGCGUGGACCCCAAAACCACAACGAUGAAGGAUGUUUACAAGAAGUUCGACCUCGGCCAGGAUGUCAUCGACUUCACUGGCCACGCCCUGGCCCUCUACAGGACGGACGACUACCUUGAUGUUCCCUGUUUGGAGACGAUCAAUCGCAUCAAGCUGUACAGUGAAUCCCUGGCGCGGUAUGGAAAGAGCCCCUACCUCUAUCCCCUGUACGGUCUGGGGGAGCUGCCACAGGGAUUUGCCAGGUUGAGUGCAAUCUAUGGAGGAACCUACAUGCUGAACAAACCAGUGGAUGAGAUUGUGAUGGAAGAUGGCCAUGUGGUUGGAGUGAAAUCUGAGGGCGAGGUGGCUCGUUGUAAGCAGCUCAUCUGUGACCCCAGCUACAUUCAGGACCGCGUCCGUAAGGCUGGUCAGGUGAUCCGUGUGAUCUGCAUCCUCAGCCACCCCAUCAAAAACACCAAUGAUGCCAACUCCUGCCAGAUCAUCAUUCCUCAGAAUCAGGUUAACCGCAAGUCAGACAUCUACGUGUGCAUGAUCUCCUAUGCUCACAAUGUGGCGGCCCAGGGGAAGUACAUCGCCAUCGUCAGCACCACAGUGGAAACCAGCGAGCCUGAGACUGAGAUAGAACCAGCCCUGGAGCUGCUGGAGCCCAUCGACCAAAAGUUUGUGGCUAUUAGUGACCUUUAUGAACCCACAGACGAUGGUACCGAGAGCCAGAUCUUCGCCUCGCGGGCCUAUGACGCCACCACUCACUUCGAGACCACUUGCAACGACAUCAAGGACAUCUACAAACGUAUGACUGGGAGCGACUUUGACUUUGAGAACAUGAAACGCAAACAGAACGAUGUGUUUGGGGAGGAUGAGCAGUGAGCAUUAGAGGGGCUUCAGAGAGAGGGCGGGGCCUGGAACAGGAGGACAGGCAGAAAGGUUAAAGAAGGGGCAGGGCCUGUGGUGUAGGGUCCCAGGGUUGACUGAACACGGCUGUUAAAAAGAGGGAAAAAAAUGUAAAAAACGGGUGGGAGAACAUAAAGUUUAAGAAAGGUCAAGGUGCGUGUUUUGGCUCUGCCUGCCUUAAGCCGUCGGCCUCCUUUUCCCUACGUCCCUCUCUCUCCUGACGCGUGUUCAAACACAUAAACGCUCACAAACACAAACACACACACAUUGUUCAAAUACUCACACUCCCUAUCUCUGUCACUGAAAAGCAGGGUUGAUACGGUCUUUCAUUUCAUUGUAGAAUCUAUAACCAUGUCUUAACUAUUAUUAUUAGAGGUGAACUUAUUCCUUGUUGACAAUUUCAAAAGCAUUUCAUUCUUUCUGUAAUGUUUCUCUCCUCAUAUCAGAGGUCGGGCGGAUGGAGCAAGGUCGAUGGUAUCGCGAAGCCGAAUUUUGCGAGCUCUGAUGUGAGAGAACUGUAAAGGCUUAGUGUAGAAUCAUCUCCUCGAGGGGUCACCUCCAGUUGACAUGCAUGCAUCUUUUACACAUGGUGUUGUACAUAGAACAUAAUGACACUGCGGUAUGAAGGCUGGAUCAUUACACACAUUAUUCCUGUCAACCCUGCUUUCACUUUUCUCUUAUUGGUCUUUUACCCGUGUUACUUCAAUAGACUCUGCUCCUUUUGGCAAAAUCUGUUGGUCAGGCAAAAACGUGAUGAGAAGUUACAUAUAAAUGGGCUGUUCUGUCAACUGAUAGUGCUCACUUUUGCAAUGCUGUUGUGUUCCCUGUGCUAGCAGGCAAAGCUAAAUGGUGGCUAUUAACCGUCAUCCCCCGAAACCGUUGCGUUGUUUAUCUCCGUUUUGUGAUGUCAAUUUUGAAUUUGAAUAGUUUAAUUUCUAACAUCUUAAAUUAUUGAAGAGUUUUAUUUCUAUAUAUUUGGUGCACAUUUCACUUGCUGAAGUUAUGAAGUUUACAGAGCUGAGGUUGAAACUGUGGUCUGACACUCUGAAGUUGGCUUGAACAUUAAAAAGGGAAUGUGAAGAGCAAAGGAGGCAGAGGACUAAAGGAUCGGUCUAGCAGCUUGCUAAGCGAUGUGAGGUUUUCUAUGAAGAAGUAUUCUGGGGGAAUUUGGAGCGAGUGAUGUGAAAUCAAAAGUAUUAUCCUAAAUGAUACUUGUUGAGAUGUGAGCCAAUGUGCCAAGGAGAUAAGAAUGUAUGUGGGGAAUGUUUUGGAAUUGAUACUAGGAAAGUUUCACUUUUCGGUGAAGGGAGUGAAGACUGAAAUUUCGGCUCAUAGUGAAAGCACCAGAUCAUGUCUCGGUUGUUUCAACCCUUGUGUAUGUCACUCAAAUAGUCAUUCCCGUAGGAACUAAACCCUGUGGAAAAAAAAAAUAGUUCAAUAGAGGGAAAAGCUGGUUGCUCCCCAUGACUUAAAACACUUUGUAGCAUAGCAACAGUCUUGAGGCCACAGUUACAAGUGCCGCCCCACAAGAAUGAACCAAUAUACUUUUAUUUGGUUUUAGCCUUAAUUUGGGGUCUUAUCCAUUUGUUUAGGCUCUCUCAAAAAAUGAUUAUUUUGUUUCAACAAACCAUUGGCUGCAGAUCAGUCUUGUGCCAAGAAGGGUGUUGCUGACAAAACUUGCUGACAACUAUCAAGUACUUACACCAGUCUGGUCUUUAGCACUUGGGUGGUGUAUGUUGCUCUGCAGAGCUGACCCAAACCUACAGAAAUGACAUUUUGUCCCACCAAAUCAGGCCCAUUAUUGCAUACGUGAAUCAGGGCAAUCCCAUUUGUCUCUGAACUCAUUUAGAGCCAGAUUGAUCUGUGACUUGGCUUGUUACAUAUCAAAGAUGGACAGAUGAGAUGCUGCAAUCUUUUCCUUUAAAACACUAACCAACCUUGAAGUAGUUCCAUUUCGCUUUUACCCACCAUUACCAAUCCCUUAACAACUCUAAACAAAGUUAUUCCAUGUUUGGGGUGUUUUUGUGUCUUAUUGUUAUGCUCUAUUUAUUUGAAUUUCACUGACGUAUUGGUGGAAGGUUUACGUCAGACGCUGAAUAUGCUAUGCUAUUAGUUUAUGUUACAAUGAUAACUGAUGAAAAUUAGUUUUAAAAGUGAUGCACACCUUCAUUAUGUUUUUGUUUGUUAUUGCUGUGUCCUGUGUUAUGUUUACUUUUAGUGAUCAUUCCAAUGUUGCAUCAUUUAAUGAUUAUUAGCGUUCUUAACAAACAGGUUUUGAUGGAAGGAUAACAGCAACAGCCUCUGUAAUGGAGAUGAAUCUCAGAAUCCGUUUAAUGAGUCAACCUAUACAGCUUAUCUAUUCACAGCAGUUUCACACUGUGCAUUGUUCAACAUUGUGUGUGGUCCUCAUCUUUGGAAUCAUGUGAUCUUAAAAAACUGGAAUACUGUUUACUCUUUGCGCAUAGUUAUAUUUAAUGCCCCUCCCUCCCCUGCUCUUCCUCACCAUCACAUACUGUCUUCUCUUUUUUUAAUUUAUUGAAAACAAAAGCCUAAUGUGUGGUUGUACUGUUUUAAUUUCCAUCCAGUUUGGCCUUUGAAAACUACUAUUGACAAUAUCCCUUGAAAUUGACAAAAGAAAUAGUUCAGGCUGAGUAGUAGAAAACUUACAGUCCUUGUUUGAUCACUAGUAUGUGAACAAUGCCUAAUGUCUUGUGUAACAAAUAAAAUGAAUUAAACUAUGAAUGAAAUGAUAGAAAAAUAAAAAGCACAUGGCAAACCUG